AUGAGCGGCGGAGUUCCGUUUGGCACAGAGGAAGAGAUCAAAGCAGCGCGAGUUCCUCUUGGCAAGCAGUGGUGCGACGCAUCGCAGGAGGCUGUUUGCUUCCUCAGGAAGCUGCUCUCCAGACCUGCUCACCGUCCACCAGCCAAGCUGGCGCUCCAGGAUCCCUUCUUUCAGAAGCACCUUCCAAAGCCCGAGAUGCCAACGCUGCGUUUCGGUCUGCUUGAUGAUUUACGCACGUUCCGGGGUCAGAACAAGCUGAAGCGAUCUUCGCUCACAACCAUCGCCAGUAUGCUUGCCGAGGAACAUGUGCAAGCAGCUCGUGACAUGUUUAUCUCCAUGGACACUGACGGCGACGGGCUCCUCUGUGUAGCAGAGGUGGAGAAGCGGCUCAGAAAGCAGCGAGAGCAGGGCAUCUUGGAGAAGGAUGUCACACGACGGGAAGUGGAGAGAAUCUUUCGAGACUUCGACUCCAGCUUGGCGGGUUCCUCUAAGGAUUUCACCUACACAGAGUUCCUCGCAGCGACGUUCAACAGGAAAGCCUGCCUUACGGAUGCCGUGGUACAGGAAGCCUUCAAGAUUUUGGACAAGAACAAUGACGGCUCCAUUGACUUGGACGAACUCUCUUCUGGCCGCAUGCUGGGCCACAUUCCCAUUGAGGAGCUGCAGCAGAUACUGGAGGACAUGGACCAGAACGGCGACAAGCAGAUAGAUCUCCAGGAAUUCAAGGAGAUGCUGUGGAACGCAGAUCUAAUGCGUGCAAAUACCACGGCAUCCUUGAAGACGCUCACCGCCGGCGAGGCGCUCGCACUCUGUGCGAACGAGGGCACCAACAAUUCCAGCAUUUAA